GUUAGAGAUAUCUGUCAAAAGUCCGCCAUAUUUUCUUUCCUAAGUGCGUUGGGCUCACCGUGUCACGAUGAGUUCCCUCAAGCUGCAGAAGAGGCUUGCAGCCUCUGUUAUGCGAUGUGGUAAAAAGAAAGUAUGGUUAGAUCCAAAUGAGAUCAAUGAAAUCGCCAACACCAACUCCCGACAGAACAUCCGUAAGAUGAUAAAGGAUGGUCUCGUCAUCAAGAAGCCUGUAGCAGUGCACUCACGUGCACGUGUGCGCAAGAACACAGAGGCGAGGAGAAAAGGUCGUCAUUGUGGCUUUGGUAAAAGAAGAGGUACAGCCAAUGCCCGAAUGCCUCAAAAAGAACUAUGGGUACAAAGGCAACGGGUGCUCCGAAAGCUUCUGCUCAAAUACCGCACAGCCAAAAAGAUUGACAGGCAUCUGUACCACGCCCUGUACAUGAAGGCGAAGGGUAAUGUGUUCAAGAACAAGCGUGUGCUGAUGGAGUACAUCCACAGAAAGAAGGCUGAGAAGGCUAGGACUAAGAUGUUAAGUGACCAGGCCGAGGCCCGCCGUAACAGGGUGAAGGAGGCGCGCAAACGCCGUGAGGAACGUAUCGCGGCUAAGAAGGAGGAACUCCUCCAGACCUUCGCACGCGAGGACGAGGCCGCAGUCACCGCCAAGAAGUGAACGCUAGAUAAGAAUUAUUAAAAAAAAUGAUUCAAUAAAUGCGUUGAGUCCAA